AUGGUGGUUAAUUUUCUGCUGGAGAACAACCCGCCACCUGUGCUGCUUGACGUGCCCCAUGAUUUGAAACGACCGGAUUCUGAUUUUGCGCGUUUGGAGGCACAGAUCACUGGCAAACCCGUACCUGCAUUGAAGAUUGAAAAAGCGACGAAGCUUGAUCCUAGCCGAGUAUGGGUGGGCAAAAAGACGAUGGAAAAGAUGUACGAUCCCCAAAUUGCAAAGAAGGAUCACCAAUUGGUUGAGAAGAUGAAACAGCUUGUUGUUAUGUACGAGGAAGAGGAUGAAUACGAUGGUGUGGAGAGUGGUGCACUAGACGAGUAUGACGACGACUACAAUGACGAGUUUGAUGAUUUUGUGCCUUUUAGUAUUCGCGAUGGUGGUAGUGCAGAUGAUCAGGAUGCCAUUUGUGAACAGAACCGCAAAAUGCGUGCGAAGGAGGAGAAGGAUGCAUUCUGGGAAGACAUGAAGAACCGUAAUCGUGAAAUUCCACUGGUUCCAGCUAAACAGUAUAAAGGCGACGACAAGGAAGAAGAGAAGGAUGAUUUGGGUGAACAAAAGCCUUUCCCGUCUACAUCAAGUCGACCAGAGUCUUCUACCGGUCCAAAAAACAAGUCAACUCGACGGAAAGAUAAUAGUAGACAAGGCGAUGGAAAGAAGCCAGACGAACCUUUGACACCACAGCAGAUCCAGCGUCAAAGAGCAAGAAAAGAUAAGAACAAGGCAAAAGUAGCAAAUCACAAUCGAAAGGACCGUGCAAUGAAGAAAAUGGGCUGA